GCUGUUCAGCCGUCAAUCACUCCGCUUCCUUAUUCGCCUCGCGGUUUGUUAUUGAGCGGAGCUCCUUUUAAAUGUGAGGGGAAAUGUUGACGGUCGGAGUUGAAAAAGUUGAGAAAGAGGGCUUAAUUCUCGCCGUGGAGCCGCUGCCGCUGAUACAGACACCUCCGAGAUGUCAGGAGUUCACGAGCAGAGCAGGAAGCGGCGUCCCUUCAAGGCGUUCCUGAUCACCACCGACCUUCAGGUCCAGGAUGAUCUGGAGGGUCUGAUUGUGCUGAAGAGGGGCUUCAUCUGCUCCGAACAAGACCAGGGCAAGAUCAGGAGGGACGCCCUCUGGGUGAAGGUGUUGGAUAAUGGCCUCAUGGUAAAGAUAGAAAAGAAGUAUCUGCUAGAAGUGGCACUUGACCUCGUUGGAUUGGUGGAGCCCGUCCAGGACCCCGAAGUUCGGCUCAACCUUUUAAACAAUCCAAACAACCUGCGACAGUUGGCCUCCCUCCCCAUCCACGCCCCGCUGUGGGUCCAGAUUGGCCCGCAGAAUGAGCUGGCCGAGGCAGAACUCAAAUACAUCGGGCCGCUCAGCGGAGGAAGCAGCGCGUUAUAUUUUGGAGUGGAGCUAAAGGGCUCAGCAGCAGGCAGAGGAACCUGUAACGGUUCUUACAAAGGUCACCGCUACUUCUCCUGCCCGGACGCCUGCGGCCUGUUCGUCCCCGUGAGCCACGUGCGUCUCCGCAGCUGGUCCAGCAAGAACAACGGCGACGCACAGGAGAAAACCAGGGAAAACCCCCGCCGCAGCAACCACGCCGUCAACGGCCACCGCAGCAACAACGAGCGCUCUGCUCACCACCACCUGCGUCGGCUAAGCUUCCACCACCAUCACCCCAAGAACCAGGCGCAGGCCGUGCUCUCACGGACCACGGAGUCGGCUCCUGUCGCCGUUAACAACAAUCUGCGUGGCUCGACAUCGCCUCCGCCGUUUCACCUCGGUCAGAGGGUGUCCGUCAGCCUAGAGGGUAUAGCCCAUGCGGGGGAGGUGCGGUUCUGCGGCGUCCUGCCGGGCAGAGUCCAAUCUGCGAUGCACGUUGGGAUCCUUCUGGACGCUCCCGCCGGUAACUGGGACGGCUUUUAUAAGGAACAGAGGCUCUGCCACAUUCCCUCUCCUCUCUAUGGACUCCUGCUUCCAGUAAACUUAGUCUCUACAGAACAAACCCCCCAGCACCCACAUCCUCUCUCCCAGGUUCCCAAAUCCAUCCUAAAGCCAACGCUGUCUCCAAUCUCUAAACAAAGCACCUCCACGCCUUCUGCUCCUGCUCCUAAGAUACCCCUCUUACCACCUAACAGACAAGGACUCAAAGCCCCUCCCCUUCCUCCUCCAAAACCCUCAGUCAGACACCCCCUCACAGCGCCAGUGCCUCCUCCAAAACCUCAGAACCUGGCCCCAGCUGCUACACCGCAGCAGCUGGAGCACACGAACGGCGUCCACGGCCCCGCCUCGCCUUUGAGGUCUGCAGACGACUAUGACGACGAAGAAGAGGAGGAGGACGACGAAGAAGCAGAGGGGUAUGGAGAGACGGGGGAACAUAUGGAGCUGGAGGUGGGGUCAAUGGUGGAGGUGAACAACCCGCCGCUUUUUGGGGUUAUCCGAUGGAUUGGUCACAUUAGCGGCGUCCAGGAGCUGGUGGCAGGGAUCGAGCUGGAGCAGGAGCUGUCUGCUGGAACAGACGGCAGUUACCUUGGAGAACGCCACUUCCGUUGCCCCAACAACAAGGGGCUGUUCAUCAAGCUUCGCAACUGCAGACGGGACUCCAGGUUCCCCGUUCCCGAGAAGCCCGUUAAUCAGGUGGAGAGAUGCAACUCCAUAGCCUUUGCAGACUGGGGCAGCGAGCGGGUGGACGAGCACACUCCGCCGGUGGACGGCGACGAGGCCAGGCGGAUCUACGAGGGCUCGAAGAGAGGCAUCCAGGGUCACCUCAACUCCUGCUACCUGGACGCAACGUUGUUCAGUUUGUUCUCCUGCUGCAGCUCAGCAGACUGGGUUUUAUUUUGGCCGUCUGACGCCGAAACGGACCAGGGCUCCAAACAGGCUCAGGAGCUGCUCCGCUGCGAGAUCGUCAACCCGCUGCGAAGGAACGGUUACGUCUGUGCCAGUAAGACCAUGGCUCUGAGGCGCCUGCUGGAAGCCGCCAGCAGUGACGCCAGCUUCACCAACCAGGAGAAAGAUCCAGAGGAGUUCCUGAACAAGCUUUUCCAGCUCCUGAGAGUGGAGCCGCUCCUAAAGAUUAGAUCAAUGUCUCAGCAGGCACAGGAGUGCCACCUCUACCAGCUGUUUCCACCGACGCUCCCCUCCUCCCCCGCCUCCUCCCCUGUCCCUAUCAUCUCUCCUGCGUCCAUGCGGGUCGCCAGCGUCCAGGCCCUGCUGGAGUCCUCCUUCCUGCACGCUGGCCUCAAGUUUGUGGAGGCUCCCUCCUGUCUGCUCCUGCUGAUGCCUCGCUUUGGGAAGGACUUUAAAAUGUUUGAUGCCAUCUUGCCCACCCUCAGCCUGGACAUCACUGACUUGCUGGACGACACUCUGAGACAGUGCAGUAUCUGCCAGGCUGUAGCUGAGUGGGAAUGUUCGCAGUGCUACGGAGACCUGGAGAUCACUCCUGGACGUCUAAAGCAAUACUGCCAGACCUGUAAAACACAGGUUCACAGUCACAGGAAUCGAGCUUCCCACAAGCCGGAGAAGAUCAACGUUCCUCAGGGGUCGUGGUCGGGCCCUCUGCAUUACGCUCGCCAGCGAAUGUCUCUGUUUGCAGUGACGUGCAUCGAAACCAGCCACUAUGUGAGCUUCGUUAAGCACGGACCCCAGGCCUCCGACUGGCUGUUCUUCGACAGCAUGGCAGACCGAGACGGUGGCGAGAACGGCUUCAACAUCCCCCGAGUGAAAGCGUGUCCUGAGGUGGGCCGCUACCUGGGUCUGUCGGAGGAGGAGCUAAGCAGGGUGGACGCCUCCUCUGUGAAGGAGUCGGUGCGCCGACUGCUCUGCGACUCCUACAUGUGCCUGUACCACAGCCCAGAGCUCAGCCUCUACAAGUGAUGUGAAGAAAAACAAAACAUGUGAAGAAAAGAAAUAACUGGAACUGUAUAUUAACUGUAUUUUUUUAAAACUACUGCACUCAAAAGGUAUCAUGUAGCAGAUAAACCGGCCUUAAUCUUCCAUUAACAGCAUUGACAUAUAUUAUGGGAACAGAAUGUUUUUUUUUUGUUUUUUUUUUGCCUAAUGAACAAAUAUGCAGAGGCUGAGCCUAAACCACUCGGGCCUUAAAUCUGUGUUUAAAUUGGGCCUUAAAAUGUGCACAUGCUGUACAGAACCACUGUGCCUCUCAUACGUGACUUUUGUAUACUUACCGAUACAGUUUGCACUGCUUUAUUUGCUUUUCACCAAGUCUGUAUAUAUUGUCUUUAAAUGAAUUCUUAGAUGCACAUACAUGUUUAACCUUAAUUUGUUAUGUAAUGUUUAAAUAUUGCUGCCACAUAAAAUAUGGGACUUGUUUAAAAUAAUAAAAGCUUUAGAUCUGGUCUGUUUUGGCU